GUCCCACCCCCCCCCCCCCGUACGCUCCUCCCCCAUUUCGAACGGAUCCGGGCGCAGGGUGCGAGUGCGUGAGGCCCAAUCCCCAAAUCCCCCCCCCCCCUCGCCGCCGCCGCCGCCCGUCUGCACGCAGGCCUCCUCGUCGCUUCACUUCAUCAACAAUCAAGAUGAGUCGUGGUGGGAGUGCCGGUGGUGGCCAAAGUUCUCUGGGUUACCUUUUUGGAGGCAAUGAGGCCCCUAAGCCAGCUGCUAAACCAGCACCUGCAGCUGCACCUGCACCAGCGCCAGCACCAGCACCAGCUGCGGCUGUGGCUGCUCCUGCUGAGAAACCAUCACCUGCAAAGGCUGAUGCCACCAAGCAGAUUCCAGCUGGGAUUCAGGGCAGCCGGAGCAAUAACAACUACCAUAGAGCUGAUGGCCAGAACACUGGAAACUUUCUUACGGAUCGCCCUUCGACCAAGGUCCAUGCUGCCCCUGGUGGUGGAUCUUCCCUGGGCUACCUCUUUGGUGGAAACUGAAGGAGUGAUCCUGGUGCACUGUAGCACCGGAUGAAGAAGGAAGUCUACCGCUAUCCUUGUUUAUCAGAACUGGGAACCCCCAUUGUUUUAUCAUUCUCUAUGCAUGUCCCGUACCUAUGACUCCGUGGCAAACACCCUGCCUGGGAUCAUGAUCCUGUCGCUUAAAUUUCGAGGCAAAUCGUAUGCCUGAAUCUUCCAAAAUUAUCGUGUGCCUGUGCCUUGGUUUCAGUCACGUUCAUGUCUAUGUUUUUGCUCAGGAUUAUAUGUAUGGUAGUAAUCGUUAUCUGGA